GUCCCGAAAAUGCCAGCACUAACGUCCCAUACAGCCCCAGUCAUUGAUGAAGAAAACCCUUUAUAUUGCCCGUCAAUUUCUGCAGUCGCAUUCCUAGAAAGCGUCCGAAAGAAGGUCUACUCAAACAAACGUCUUCAUAGCUCUGCACGCACACCUGAUCUCUCGCGUACAACGGACGAACUCUUCUUUCCUUCAUUUCACAACAUGCUUGAUAAAUCUCUGACCGAAGAAGACCUCUUGCGACUGCAUUACUUCCCCGCAAAUGCCGCAAUGUUUCCUACGCGCACAAGACACGACUCUUCUAGCUCCAGUCUUGAGGCUGAUUCUCUUCGUUCUAUCCCCUCUUGGAAGAAUAAAGCCGGUACUUAUAACACAUCUUCCAAACCUUCAAAGCGUCAUGUACCAUCGAAACGCUCAAGGCCUUCGCAUGUCCAUACUUCAGACUCCUUUAGUGAAUUCCGUGGACCGUUCAGACGCGAGAAGUCCGCCAUGACGGUCAAUGAUGGGUCCUUCGAGUUAAGCGCAAGAGCAGAGAGACUGCACUACUUUCCAGUCAAAGCUUCAUUCUCGCCGUAUGAGCCGAUGCCCCAGAGAAACCGGGAAUUACCAGAAGACCAAUUGACCGAGAAGGUUCGCAAUCUUGAAGAUGAGCUGUACGGACCGCAAAUCGGAACUGAGACUCCUCGAGGUCUGGAUGCCCUGAUAUCCCGUCUUGCCAAUGUUCUGCCUGGCGUCCGCCUCAAGGAAAAGCUGCGCGCACUUGACGCCAACACGCACCAAAGGAUUGUAGAUAUCCUGUCAAUGGACGGAAACCUCAAUGCUCGAGUCUUGAACCUCCUUCGCAUGUCGGAGAUCGAAUGCCUCGACUUGGCAGCUUCCAUGACAGACGAAGAAGGUCUCAACCUGGACGCUCGUGAUCUCCUGCACGUCUUUUCAAAACCGAAUAGCUUUAUUUUUCUAAAUGAAAUCAACAUGAAUGGUACCCGACUCAACGACAGCGACCUGCAACGUAUCCACCAUCUCCCUCGCCUUGCCCGCCUUUGGAUCAGCAACACAGGAAUCGGAAAUGAGGCUAUCUUCCACCUGGUCUCUCUCAAGCGCUCUUUGACCGAGCUCGAUAUCGCUUUUAAUCCCGACAUUGACGAUGAUGCGAUUCCAGCGCUGAUUGUUCUACACAAAUUACGAUUCCUUACCCUCCUCGAUACCCAUGUCGCGAUGCCUGGUCUACGUCGCUUUUGCGCCGCAGUCAACCAGCGAGCGCAUACCAUUGAGCUCGAGGUAGCUCGUCAGUGUGAAAUAUAUAUUGAAAAACUUGGCAGCAAAUAUAUUCUACAGCCGGAAGCUCCCAUGAUAUCCGACCCACAGGUGGUCUCGGAAUUAUCCACCACCGCACUCAAGCGAAAUCUUGCUGCACACGCCCAGUACAAUGCAGAAAUCUUGGCAGAAGGCUCGAAACAUGAAAUGGCGGAGCGUUUGCGGACGUUGCUUGAAGUACGACAAGCGGAUUUGCUUGUCAGGGACGUCCUAUGGAAAGAGAACGGCGGUUACGACGAAGAGGACACAGAAGUCUUCUGAUUUUUGUUCUUAUUGCUCUUUGCGCUGAUCGGUAUAGACACUAGAUGAGCCUACUAUAUCCUCGGACUUUGGCACGGACUGCACGGAUUGCACGGACUUCCGCAUUUUAUCAUAGGUAUCAUUACUGUAGAAAGCAUCGUCUGUAUCAUUACUUCGUUCACUUGUAUCAGUAGCUCUUUAGCCAGCAUUUGUACACCAUAACCAAGCUCUUUGCCCACUUUUAGUUUGGCAUGC